AUGGACUUUGUAAAAUUACCCAAAAUGCAAAACAAGUAUCUGCGAUGCCCAUCUUCCGUCUACGAAGACCUGGAAUCGAAACAUUACAUGAUGCCUGCUGGAGAAACUGAUGAUCAUGACACUUGGGUAACGUCCAGAUUCUCGCCACAUUGGAAUCAAGAGCACAUUUUAUAUAUGGGUGAUGAUCCAGGAAAUAUAGGUAUCUUCGAUGUUCGAAAGUUUCAAGAUCGAUCAGUGCCGUUAGAAGAGCGACAGUUACAUUUUUUUCCCGCGCAUGAUGGAGCGAUUAUGGAUGUGGUUGGUGUUCCGAACAACGAAUCGCAAAUCGUAUCGAUAUCAGGAGAUUCAACAAUUCGAUGUUGGGAUCUGAAUCAGGCGCCUCGAGAUCGAAAAUCGCAACUUUUUUUCGGACAUGAAGGAUCCGUUCGAUCGAUAAGCUUCUCUCCAAAUGAUCCCAAUGUCUUUGUUACUGGUGGUCGAGAUUUUCAAGUGAAAGUAUGGGAUAUGCGUGUAUCGACAGUUAGAAAAAUGGAAGAAGACUGUCGAAUGGCUACGAUCACUUAUAAAACAGCACAUCCGAAAAAUACUGAUAAAAAAUUAACUAGCGCUGGGACACCGAAAUCAAAAGCGAAAUCGGCGAAACUUGAGGGUCACAAAGUGACAAGUGUCAUCUUUCUCGACGAAAACCACGUGGCAAGUGCUUCUGAAAAUGCAGCGAGCGGUAUUCGCGUUUGGGAUAUUAGAAAACCAACGAAGAAUGGAUUAGAACAUCCAUCUCGAGUGCUGAAUGUGCCGACGUCAAACAAAAAGUCAUAUGGAGUCACAUGUCUCACUUUGGAUCGGUUUGGAAACCGACUAUUCGCGUCGUGCACCGAUUCUUCGAUUUUUGAAUAUUCGGUCCCAACAGCAUCUGUAUCACCGAGUGAGUUGGAAAAUUCAUUUGCCUACCCAAACGAUAAUUUUUCAGUUAAUUCUUAUACUGGUGCCACCAUCCACAACUUUUACACCCAAGUCUCUUGCUCUCCGAUAUCGGAUACCAUCGCUUGUGGGAGCGAAGACGGUCGUGCGGUAUUAUGGGAUCUACAGGAUCAGUACGUCUACAUGAAUGACUUGUCUUUUCCGGAUGAGAUAGAUAAACGACGGUCGAAACUGCCAAAAUGGUCUUUCGGAGGACACCUGAAGCAGGUCUUGAAUGUGGGAUGGAGCUCUCGAGGCAACUAUUUCAUGUCUUGUGAUGAAGGAGGUGUUCGGAUUUGGACAGAACCAAGACAAAAGAAAUCGUGGAAACUCUUUGAGGAAGAUGAUUUCCCGUAUCCCGCGCCCAAUCACAGCGAUGGAUUUGCAUAUGAGCUUGUGAAACCUUUCGAAUUGAAAGAAUCGGAUGCAGCGAUGACAGGUUUCGACAGUAUUUCUUUAUCACCAAGGCAACGAGCCGACUCCGGAUUAGUCGGAGGAUCGCCGCAGAAGAAUCGUGGAUCGAAAAGACCUAUUAUUACAAGCCCAUUUAAAUCGAUAUCUUCAAGUCCAAAACCAAUCAGACUAGGUCAAUCACCUAGAGCAAAAAUGUUUAAAAUGUCACAAUCCCCGGGUACCAGUCCUUUGAAACCAACGAAUUCCAAUGUUCAAGAUAUGGGAUACAGUACUCCACGACACAAGAGAUCGCAUAGGAGGAAAUCACCAUUCCAUUUUGAACAUCCAACCGAGCAAAUGCCGAAUUUCGUCUACGAUAAUUUUAUUAAAAAGUUGAAAGGAGAAUCGGAAGAACCGGAAGAUACUAGAAAGUCAUUGACGAAAACAGGACGAAAACGAAUAGAAGAUUGGUGGCAGACGAAAGGAGAAAAUGUACCGACAACGGGUAGAGCAAGGUUGCCAAGCAUCAGCGAAUUCGGCAAAUCUGCUUGCUCAAAGGUUCUAACAGAGACCGAAAGGAAUGCUUUGAAUUCCCCGCGAAAGUUAUUAGUACUCCGAACGUCACAAUCUCCAUGUAAAAUCGUCACAACACCCGUUUCCGCUCCAACGAAAUCCAUACCGAUGACACCUCGAAAACCGACCGAUAAACGACCGACGAGUCGAAAUUUGUUCCAUUACUUCAAAAAGUAG